AUGUCACCAGAAAAGCGGCCAAACUUUCUUGUCAUCGUUGCCGAUGACUUGGGGUUCAGCGACAUUUCUUCUUUUGGUGGUGAAAUCAACACUCCGAACCUAGCUAAACUAUCGAGAGAUGGCAUCCGCUUCACAGACUUCCACGCCGCAGCCGCGUGCUCCCCGUCUCGCGCCAUGAUCAUGACUGGCACUGACCACCACAUUGCUGGGCUUGGAAACCUGAUUGAGUGGACCAAUAUCUCCGGCCAGAACGACCCGAGCGGCAACAUGUCGACAUCUGUCCAACGUGGUAUGCCGGGCUACGAAGGCUACCUCAACGAGCGGGUAGCUGCUCUGCCUGAAAUCCUGCGUGACGCGGGUUACCUCACUCUCAUGUCUGGAAAGUGGCACCUGGGUCUUACACCAGAGCGGAGCCCGAAAGCUGGAGGCUUCGAGCGCAGCUUCGCCCACCUGCCUGCAUGUUCAAACCAUUAUGCAUACGAACCUCAGCUGGAAGGCAGGGACGAGAUCCCCGGUUUCAUGACCAUGAGCUUCAUUGCACUGCACAACGAAGAUGGGGAGUAUGUGAAGAAGCUUCCGGAUGGCUGGUAUUCUUCAGACGGGUAUGGUGACAAGAUGUUGCAGUAUUUGAAGGACUGGAAAGAGGGCGGCGAGGAGAGGCCGUUUUUCGGGUAUCUUCCCUUCACCGCGCCACACUGGCCUCUGCAGGCCCCGCAGGAGUACAUCAAGAAAUACCGUGGGGUCUACGAUGAUGGACCUGAUGCGUUGAGGUUGAAACGACUGCAGCAACUCAAGGAACUGGGGAUGGUGCCCCAGGAUGUGGAACCCCAUCCAGUUGUUGCUGACGAAGUCAAAGAGUGGGAAGAUAUGAGCGCCGAAGAAAGAGCGAACUCCUGCAGAGCAAUGGAGGUCUUUGCAGGCAUGGUUGAAUGCAUCGACGCCAAUGUCGGGAAAGUUGUCGACUACCUCGAGGAGAUCGGCGAGCUCGACAACACCCUCGUGUGCUUCAUGUCGGACAAUGGCGCGGAAGGCGCAGCCUAUGAGGCGUACCCGAUUGUGCAAGGAUCGAUGAUUCAGCACCUCAAGAAGUACUACAACAACCACAUUGACAAUUUGGGAAACGGAGACUCGUUCAUCUGGUACGGGCCUCGAUGGGCGCAAGCCGCAACUGCACCCAGCCGGCUCUACAAAGCAUACACGACUGAGGGCGGCGUCCGUGUACCAUUCCUCAUGAAGCCACCGGCAAGCUUUGGGGGCAAGUUUGAGGCGGACUCCAUAACUCAUCAGUUCUCAACUGUCAUGGACCUUGCCCCUACUAUCCUGGACAUGGCAGGCGUCAUACACCCAGCACCCACGUAUCAAGGGCGCGAGGUCGUCAGUAUGAGAGGCAAAUCCAUGGUACCAUAUCUGCAAGGCGAAACGAAGACCAUUCACGUAAACGAUUUCAUCAACGGAUGGGAAACUUGCGGUCGUGCCGCGUGCCGUAAAGGAGACUGGAAAAUCGUCUUUAUUCCAAAACCAAAAGGUCCCGAGCGGUGGCAGCUAUACAAUCUCGCCAAAGAUCCCGGAGAAAUCCACGACCUGUCGGAAGAGGAGCCGGAAAGACUUAAGCAGUUGAUCAAACUAUGGGACCAGUAUGUCCUUGAAACAGGUGUCAUCCCGUUGUCCCCUGCGCUUGGUGAGUGGAUGGUAGCCAUGGAGGAGCAGAUGCCAGAGAACGCAUGGAUCGAAUACGAGUACUGGAAAGACGGAGCACGGGAUGAUCCUGCGAGGUUCACCAAAGAGAUACCGAGAUUCAAGAGGCAAGUCAAGGCAAUUUGA